AUGAGGUUUACUGAUUCAUUAUAUUUCAUUAAAAAUAAUUCAGUAUUUGAUAUGAAUUAUUUAAAAAUAAGUAACUGUAGUAAUUGUAAUUUUGGAGAAGAGAAAAAUAAAAAUAAAAAUAAAAAUAAAAAUGGUGAAAGUUCUUUUAAAUCAUUAUUGUUUAAGCCUAUUGUUAUGUUAGUUGCUGGAAUAUUAUAUAUUGUAAUUUUGAAUGUUUGUAUGGGUGAGAGUAAUAAUUUUAGUUAUCAAUUACAAUAUAGUAAUAGAUACUCAAGAAAAUUAAGUGAAAGGUUUAUUUAUUAUAACCCUAAUGUUGAAGGAGGUUAUCCUGAUAUGUGCAACACAUGUAGUGGACAAAGUUAUUCUGAUGAGAGUGAUUAUGAUGUAAUGAAAUAUACUAAUAAAGUAAUGAAAGAUUUAAAGAAACACCAAUUAUGGAAUGAUCAUAAUAAAGUACCUUAUACUAGUGUAUAUAUGGGUGUUUCUGUUCAAGAUAAAGAUUAUGUAUUCGAUAAAGAAAUUGAUAAUAUGGAUUUUGGUUCUGAUGAUAUUAUAGAUUUUAUGAAAUAUAUGUGGCAUCAAGUAAUGGAGACAGAGAAGGAAAGAUAUUUAGUUUUAAAAAAUGUGUUACGUAAAUUUCAAGACGAAUUUCCACUUAAUAAUAAUAUUAUGAAUAAUUAUAAUAACAAGAAAUAUGUUAAAUGUUAUGAACGUAUAGAUUUAGGUGCAGAUAUUGUUGAAAGUGGUUUGAAUAAAGUGUUCACUAAAUGUUUAAAGAAAAAUGAAUUAGAUAAAAAUAAAUUUAAAAUUUUGAUAACAGCAAUUAGAUUUCUUUGGAGAAAAACUUUCUUAGAUGUUCAAGAAGAAUGUAAUGUAAUACUUGAAUUACCUACAAAGGUAUCGCAGUUACCAAAAAGGAACUUAAGAAGAAGAAGAACACCAAAUCCUAAUGAUGAGGUAUCCUUAAGAAGUUAUCCAAGAAGUUAUCCAAAAAGUUAUCCAAAAAGUUAUCCAAGAAGUUAUCCAAAAAGUUAUCCAAAAAGUUAUCCAAGAAAUAGCAAUCCUCGAACUUAUGGUCAACGAAAUUAUUAUCCACCAUAUAGACCACCACAAAUAAUUGAUUACGUUUAUAAGGUAACAUAUGGAGAAAAUGCUGACGAAGAUGUUGAUAGACAUAUUGAACAUUUAGUAGAAAGAAUGGCUGAAGAAGAAGCUGAAAGGAUUGCUGAAUUAUCCGUACAACCAUAUAUUGAAGCUUUAGAAGCAUCUUAUAAACCUAUUGCUGAAAGGAAUUCACAAAAUAGUGUAGAAAAAAAAGUUGAAAAGAGUGAUGAAAUGAUAAAUGAAAAACACAUGGAUGAACAAAAAAAUGCGAAUAUGAAUAAUCAGCCAUUAAAAGGAAUACUGAAAGGUGGGAAUACAAAUGCAAAAGGGGCACAGGCAAAUGCAAAAUUAGGAAGUGCAACCACAAAAGGAGGACUUGCAAAUGCAAAAGUAGGAAAUGCAACCACAAAAGUAGGAGGUGCAAAUAAAAAAGUAGGAAAUGUAACGACAAAAGUAGGAAUUGCAACAACAAAAGUAGGAAAUCCAAAUGCAAGGGCCAAUUCAGGAAAAAUAAAUAAAAAGACAAAAUAA